AUGAACGCUCCGGAGAAGCGGCGCGGCGGCAACCAUGCACCACGAUCUGCAGCCAGUCAGCCCAGCAGACACAGCCAUGCCACGGCAGGCGGACACCACAGCACCGCCAACAGCAGCAGCAGCUCCAUGCCGGCAGUCCCUCCGCGAGCAGCCAUGGUCGGCAGCAAUACAUCCCCGGAGGAAGCGCACAAGGGCACCGGCACCGGCGCCCCCAGCCCGUCGGUGGCAGGCGCACCGGUCCCAGACAAGGAUGCAGGCUCCCCCGGGCGCGGCGAACAGGAGAAGCAAAAGGACCGAGACAAGGACGAGCGCAUCGCGUGCCUCCAGAGGGAGAUGGGCGCAAUGGAGCGCGAGUUCGCCCGGGAACUGGACAAGCUCUGCCAAAACGAAAGCGAAACGGCCGCCUUUUGGCAAGCCAAGCACAGCGCCCUGAACCAGCAGUUCCUGAGGACGGAUGCCGAGCUCCGCGUGCUGCGGUCCGGAGUCGACGCGCGGGAGGCCGAGCGCGCAGAGCUGCGGCACGGGUGGGAAAUGCUGCGCGGGGAGCUCCGGGAGCGCGACGACGAGAUCCGCAGCCUCAAGGGCCAGAUUCACGCUUUGAAGAAGUUUGUGAGCACGAGCACGCGCGCGGACGACCAGACGAGCGACGACGUCUUUGGCGAGGCCAUGGCGAAGCUGGGCAACGGGUUGCAGAACUGGGUCAUCAGCAACUUCCGCCGCGCAAAUCUGGUCGACUUUGCCAACCUGGAUGAAGCGACGCUCACACAGGUCAGCGACUUGGUUCCGACGUACAUGAUAAUGUACCAGCAACUAGCGCAGGGCGCCAAGAUCCACCUCCUCCAAUCUGCCGUGUCGAGAAUCCUGGUGGAAACCGUCUUUGAGAGCUACUUUGUCGGCCUGUCGGACGGACAGACGCAGCAGUUCCGGCAGACGGAGGAGCUACUCGUUUCGCUCGCGUCAGACGCAUCCGUCAACCAGUGGCGCGCGUCCACCCUCGCCAUCAUACGCCGAGACGCCCCCCAGGUCCUGCGCGACGAAACUGCCCUGCACGUCGAACGAGUCGCGUCGCGCAUAAACGGCGUCCUGGAGUCCGUCACCACCGGAUCCUCGCGCUCCGGAGCAAGAGACGCCGGCCUCUGCGCGCUCGUCCACAGCGCCGUGGGCCUUGCUCGCCUGCUGGUCGUGCAGAAGGCCGUGCUGAGGGUGCACAUGCCGCCCGUCUCGCCCGGCCGGCAGGUCGUCUUUGACCGCGACACCAUGGAGGACGUCGGGGGGGAGGACGAGGACGCCCUGGACGCGAGGCCCGUCUGGUGCACCCUCUUCCCCGGCGUCAUCAAGCACGGGGACGAGAGCGGCGGGCAGAUGCAGCUCAGGAACGUCAUUGCCAAGGCGAGGGUGCUGUGCCGUCCGGGCUAG